AUGGCGUCCUCUCAAAGUAUCACACAGGUCAAAUACCUUGAACUUCCAACCCUAAAGUCUCGAAUCUUCUACCGAGAAGCAGGCCCUGCCAAUGCUCCAGUAGUGCUUCUACUCCAUGGCUUUCCCUCCUCCUCCCACCAGUACCGGAACCUCAUUCCCCUGCUCGCAACCAAGUACCGAGUCAUUGCACCAGAUCUGCCUGGAUUCGGCUUCACCGAAGUAGCUGAUGACUACAAACAUACAUUUGACAAUCUUGCUCUCGCAAUACUAGAAUUCGUUGAUACUCUAUCUAUCGCGAAGUUUUCUGUCUACAUAUUUGAUUACGGCGCGCCAACAGCGUUGACACUGGCACUGAAACGACCAGAAGCUAUACAGGCCAUUAUAACACAAAACGGCAACGCCUACGAAGAUGGACUUGGAGACUUCUGGCAGCCUCUGCGUGAUUACUGGGCAAGCGGUGAUAAAGAUAACGCAAACACCCGCGCUGCUAUAACAGCAGCGGUUCUCACUUUCGAAGCUACAAAAGGACAAUACACACAAGGCACAUCACCCGGCAAGGUUAUUGCGCCGGAGUCUUAUACGCUUGAUUACGCUUUGCUUCAACGUCCAGGUAAUGAUAAUGUCCAAAUAGACCUAUUUUGGGAUUACCAGAACAAUGUAAAGAACUACCCUCGAUUUCAGGAGUAUUUCCGCAAAUCGCAGGUUCCGCUAUUGGCAGUUUGGGGAAAGAAUGAUCCCAUUUUCAUUGCCCCUGGAGCUGAGGCUUUUAAGCGCGAUUUACCAAAGGCAGAGGUGCAUCUGCUGGAUGCCGGGCAUUUUGCUGCUGAGACGGAGACGGAGGAGAUUGGUGGACUCAUUCUGGAUUUUCUUGCGAGGAAUGAAAUUUGA